AUGAAAGAAUAAUAUGAAUAAACAAUUAAAGAUAAUAAAAAGUAAUAUGAAUAGGAUAAAUAAGUAAUGAUGAAGAAAUUUGAAGAUGAAUGUAAUAGAUUUUGAUAUUAUUUUAUCAUAGAAAAUAAAGUAAAAUAGGAAUUUAAUUAAAAUUUAAGUUAAAAAAUAUCAGAAUUAUAAGAAGCAUUAACCAAACUUGAUUAAAUUAAUAAAAUUAAGUUAGAAUAAGAAAAAUUAAAUAAAAUCCAAUUAGAAAAAGUAUAUUUAUAAUCAAUUUAUUAUAUUAUUUUUAGAUUCAAUUAUAUAACAAAUCAUUAUCAUUUUCAAAUACUUAUAAGCAUACUAAUUGUUAAUUAAGUGAAGGUGGAAAAGUUGUAGCAGAAACUAGUAAUAAUAGUUAUUUUUGUUUUUGUCUUUGUGAAUAAGCAAUUCCAAAGACUGGGAAAAUAUAAUUUGCAUUUUAAAUGAUAAGUGGAUCAUAUUUUAUGGUUGGAAUAGGAUUUAGAGACAUUAUGUAGAAAAAUAAUUAUUAUAAUUGUUAUUAAACUGGGUAUGGGUAUAUAUUUAUAUUAUAAUAGAACAUAUUUAAUAUAAUGUGGUGGUUGUACUUAUUCACAUCAUAACAAAGAUCUAAAUGGUAAAUCAUUAUCAUUCUAAUUUACAAAUAAUGAUAUAAUAAUAAUUGAAGUAUGUAUUGAACAUAAAUACAUUAAAUGGAGUAGAUAGAAUAAUCCAUAAGCAACAACUGUUGUAAAUAUAAUAUCGAUUAUUAGUAGUUGGAUAUAGAUACAUCAUAAGAAUUAUAUCCAUGUGUAGGUGUUUAUGGUUAAUCUAAAAUAAAAUUAUUGGAUAAUAUACCAAUUUGA